AUGCCAUCUCUUCCAAAUAUCAACAAUUCCUGCCCUGGUGGUGCCGACAUUUGGUAUAAUAUUACAGUACAUGCAGAUUAUGUCGAAUGCAUAGACCAAGUUAAUACCUGUAUACUUUACAAUUUAAGUUGUCCCUUACACUCUAACUGCACAGAAGCAGGACCAGGUUAUGCCGAAUGCAAUUGUGAUCCAGGUUAUUAUGGCUAUAAAUGCAAAAGAACUGGUCACUUCCCUAUGGAUGUCUAUGGUAUCUCGACUGCUGCCGGAGUUGUUUUGGUCUCAGCUCUGUUCUGGUUUACAGAGAGAAGGAAAAUUGGGACACUUUAAGAAGGAAGAAAUAAAAAAAGAAAAGAAAAAAAAGUGAAAAACAAACAAUGUAAACCAGGGGUGGGGGUGGAGGAGCAGGGUCGGGGUGAGAGGAUUAAUACCAACUGAAUGAGUUUGAUGAAAUUUGGUGGAAACGGUAAGGGUUUGAUGAAAUUGGCAUAUUGGUGUUUAUUUAACAUUCAGAUUUGAAAUUCUGCUAGGCCUCAUUUUUGCCUUUCACACAGAUGCAGUUUGAGAAGGUGCAUACCAUACUAGUCAUGUGACAAGAGGAUUUUUUUGUUAUGGGGGGGGGGUCUACACUUCCUUACAACUCCUACAAUAGUUGAAGCCUUGUGCCUAUAUUAAAUUGUUUUCUUAUCAUCAUUAUUAUUAUUAAUAUCAUUAUUAUUAAGGCAGUGAGUUAGCAGAAUCAUUUGCAGCGGGAACGAAAUGUUUAGCAACAUUUCAUCUUUCUUUAUGUUCUGAGUUCAAAUGCUGCCAAGGUUGACUUAUCCUUUCUUAUUUACAGGAUUGAUGAAAUAAGUACUUGUCAAGUACAGGGGCCGAUAUAAUUGACUCGAACCUUCCCCCCAAAUUUCAGGCCCUUUCUCUAUAAUAGAAAGGAUUAUUAUUAUUAUUAUUUACAAAUAAAUGCCAGAUUUCUCUUCUUUUGAUUUAAAUACUGUUAUUUUUAUAUACAUAUAUUAUACAUUUUUAUAAGGUAUGUUAUAUUUUAUAAUAAUAUAUAGUAUAUUUUUGACAUUCCGAAAUUAUUGUUGAUAAAUAAAAUAUAAUGAUGAAGACAA